UUUCGGUGUGAGGAUAAAUGUUCACAUGGGUGGUUGAUUCGUUCACGCUCAAUUGGAAUUGAAAUUCAACCGAUGGCCUCUUACUUGGUCCUUUAUUGCGUCCCACGUGCUGUCUCUUCCCGAUUAGACUGGAAGGAAACAAACAGGUUAUCUUACUGUUGAAGUUCUGUGUCAAUAAUUGGUCACCUUAUACCUGAGUUUAAUUGAGCGUGUACAUUAGUUUUAUUUCAAUUAAUUGAGAGUUGGGGGUAGGAGAAAUCUGAACUCCAAUUUACUUACAUUUGCUGUCAAUUCAGUUUCCGCUCAUUUUUGUUAAUUUUAUCGAAAAAUUGGUUCAAUUCCGUCUUUAAUUGCUUUCAGUUCCCCUCUCUUCGUCUCAAUUUACACCUGGGGUCAGAUUUCACUCCACUUCCUCCCCCCUCCCCCUUUCCGCUAUCCUUCGUCUACAAUUGCUACUCAGUCCACUUACGAGUGUCGUAAUUAUUCAAAUUAUUAAUCGAAUAUCCUUUCUAACUCCAAAAUGAGAGAGAGAAACCUAUCAGAAUAAAUCAAAAAGUAUAAAAUAUAAAGACUAUAACUAUUGUGAGUAAGUUGAUUAAUUGACCCUCCUUCAACUUCAAAUUGAGAGAGAACAAAACCAAUCAAGAAUUAAAAAUUUCGUACAAGCGACGAUGAAUUCGACGACCACUUCGGAACAGCCCUUGUUGUACAUGCGUCCCCUCGGCCAGCCUCUGCUCUCCUUUGCUCUUUUAUUUCUCCCCCUGAUCAUCGUGGCCACGACUGUGGGAAACAGUCUCGUCAUCCGGGCAAUCUUCACUGAGAAGUGUCUGCAGCAUGUGCAGAACUACCCGCUGGCAUCUCUGGCAGUGGCUGACCUGUUGACCGCUCUUCUCGUCAUGAGCCAGGGGGUGGUGUAUGAAGUGCUGCAGUACUGGCCCCUCAACAAAACACUCUGCUACAUGUGGAUCGUGAUGGAUGUGUUCUUGUGCACUGCAAGCAUUCUAAACAUGUGUUUGAUUGGAAUCGACCGCUACUUGGCCAUCUCCAGACCCCUCUGGUAUGCCCAGCUGCGCACUCCCCCAGUCGCACUGGUCGCCAUCCUGGCCGCUUGGGGCUGCUCCGCCCUAGUCGCCUUCCCCCCUCUGCUCGGCUGGAUCAACCUCCACUUCAAACCAGUACGAGGCUACUUCGGAGGGGGCUUUGAGAAGUGCGACUACCCGAGGGAGAAGAGUUACGUCGUCUACUCCACAGUGGGCUCGUUCGGACUGCCCCUCCUCCUCCUAACUGUCACCUACUGCCUCAUUUACAAGGCAGCCAGGAAACGAAUAAAGAAGCGGCGGGACAGUCUGCCCAAAGUGCUUCCCUCGGACAGAAACCGAAUCAAACAACUUCGCAACUCCGCAAUUGCCACUUGCAACGAAAACGCGGCGGGCAGAGACGAUGGCAAAGGGUUGUCGGGAAACGCCAAUGACCCGGAAGAACACAAAGGCAGAGUAGAGAUCCACGAACGGGAUAGAAAAAGUUCGAAUACAGAUCCUCCGACUAGGAAGAAAAAGACAACUGUCACUUACUCACUAAGAGGAUCUGAGCAAGUGGAAGUCAACAACUGUUUAGCCCCCGAUGAUGAAUUGGAACAGCAGCAGCAGCAGCAGCAGAAUUGCUCAAAUGCCCUAAUUGAGUCCCCCCAGCAGAAUCAGUCAGCCGAGAACUGCGGGGAGGGGAGACGCAGUAUCACCCGCUCUCCGAACUCAGUGGUGGAAUUCGUGGAAAAAAUGGAAAAGAUCUGCAUCAAGCAGGAGCGAAGAGCGGCCAUAGUUCUAGCAGUUGUCGUCAUUCUGUUUCUCAUUUGCUGGACGCCCUUUUUCGCCAUCUAUGUUUUCGAAGCUUUCUUGCCUCUGGACGCCUACGCAGGCAAAAGACCCCAGCGGUUCUACGCCGGAAUAGUCUGGCUCGGAUAUUUGAACUCGACUAUGAAUCCUUUUGUUUACAGCUGCAUGAACAAAAACUUCAGAACGGCUUUUUCAAAAAUACUGAAAUGCAAAACACAUCGUCAGAACAACUUCAGAACUGUUGCUCACUAACUCGAAAACAAUUUCAAAAACUACCUAUCUUUGAUAACUACUCUUACCCGCCAAACUAUAUCUUCACCAAAGUUCCCAAUAUCUGCAAUAUCAAUAAAA